ACAAGUAUAAGAAGUUGAACAUUUAAGUGAAAACAGUCUUGGAUUCUACUUUACUCUUUAAACAACUAUGAGUGCAUUCUUUGUCUAUGCGGUAACCCUCAUUGCUGCCUGCUGGGCAGCUACGACAGUAUCUAACACUCACAGCACGCAUGCGCACACCACGCACGUCACGCGCGAGCCCACUGAGUCGGAAACCAUCUUCUUCCAAUACAACUCGCACACGCAUCAUCUCCUGAUAAAGACCCACAAGCAGAAACAGGGCUACUACUGCUACAUAUACGCACUUACCGACGACGAGAGAGUCCAAGUCCACACCGACAGCGGCCUUAGAGCCAUCGAGAUGCAUUUGUUGACGUUACUGACGUACGCCCACACUAUCGAUGACGUCAGCACCAUCAAAACCUCUGACGUCAGAAUGUGCAGUCACUUCAACGCCCACGCCGUCAACAUAACUGAUUUCUACACACUUAACUUCUAGAUCUCUGUCAUGAAUUCGUCUGUAAUGGUCAAAUAAAGUAUCUACAGCA